UCAAUUUCUCCUGCGUUUCUCAACGCUUACAUUCCCUAUAUGCACUCGCCUUUGCUUCGCUGCAUUCUCUCAUGGCGGGUCUAUACUCCUCCUCAAGACCCUCCUCUUCUUCUUCCUCCUCUUCUUCCGCUUCCCAACAGACCUUCACUUCGCGUCUCCUCUUCCUCCUGACUGUCCUCCCUUUGACUCUCGCUUGUUUCGCCUUUGUUCUGCAAUGGCGUGGUGGUUUGAAUGACCCUAUUAGCCGUUGGUCUCCCGACCGCCUCGAGUUUCCUGGAAUGGGUACCCAAGGCUCUAGUGCCCGCGUGGGUCGAGUCUCAGAUUCGAGUUGCGCGGAUAUUCUCGGUCGUAGCCGGAUUCCUGCCUUCCCGUACUAUAAGGAUUGGAAGUUAGAUUAUGGGUCGGAUCUGAGGCCGAAGAUAUGUAUUACAACAAGCACUUCUGCUGGCUUAGAACAGAUAUUACCAUGGAUUUUUUACCACAAGGUCAUUGGAGUAUCGACCUUUUUUCUUUUUGUUGAGGGGAAAGCUUCAUCUCCUAAUGUAUCUAAAGUCUUAGAAUCAAUUCCAGGGGUGAAAUUGAUAUAUAGAACAAAAGAAUUGGAGGAACAACAAGCAAAAAGCCGGAUCUGGAAUGAGACUUGGUUGGCCAACUUCUUCUUCAAACCAUGUAAUUAUGAGUUAUUUGUGAAGCAAUCUCUUAACAUGGAAAUGGCUAUUGUCAUGGCAAGGGAUGAUAGAGUGGAUUGGAUUAUCCAUCUUGACACUGAUGAGCUCAUACAUCCUGCGGGUUCUCGUGAGUACUCUUUGAGACAGUUGCUAUCAGAUGUGCCUGGAAAUGUUGAUAUGGUUAUCUUCCCAAAUUAUGAGAGCAGCGUUGAGCGACAUGAUAUCAAGGAGCCUUUUAGUGAGGUUUCCAUGUUCAAGAAGAACUAUGAUCAUCUACCGAAGGAUGUCUACUUUGGAAAUUAUAAAGAAGCAACCCGUGGUAAUCCAAACUACUUUCUGACCUAUGGAAAUGGGAAAUCAGCUGCUCGCAUUCAAGAUCAUCUUCGGCCAAAUGGUGCACAUAGAUGGCAUAACUACAUGAAGGCCCCAAAUGAGUUCAAAUUGGAGGAAGCUGCUGUUCUGCACUACACGUACCCCAAAUUUUCUGAUCUCACAUCAAGGCGUGAUCGUUGUGGCUGCAAACCUACAAAAGAGGAUGUUAAGCGAUGUUUCAUGUUGGAAUUUGACAGAGCUGCAUUCAUAAUUGCGUCAACUGCUACAGAGGAAGAAAUGCUUCAAUGGUAUCAAGAACGUGUUGUGUGGACUGACAAAGCACUGAACUUGAAACUUAUGAGGAAGGGCAUCUUGACAAGGAUUUAUGCUCCCAUGGCUAUUAUUCAAGGGCUUAGGGAGUCUGGUGUUUUUGUCGAUGUAAUACAAUCGGCACAUGAAACUAUGUCCAAGGACACGUUGUUGUCAUCAGUUGAGAGCAACAAUUCUUCCAAAGUAGACAAUUCUAAAAUAGUUUCUUCCAGAAAGAUUGGUAACAUUGAAGAAUCUCAGGCAACUGCCCGACGAAUCUUGGAAAUCACUGACAAGGUUUUUAAUGACUCAGCAAUCCCACCACUUUCUCCUCCUGGCAUGGAUGAUUCCCAGAUUGAAAUAUAUAUCUCAACAAAUACACAAUAGAAUGGUGUGACCUUUGCACUGUUUCUGGGCCAAGAGUUCAGGAUCUCACAUGUCUAACAAAAAAGAAGCAACAUGAGAGAGGAUGACAGAGGCAGGCUUCCCUGUUGUCAAUGGUGCAUUGUCGUGUUAGGUUUCAUGGAGUUCUUCCCGAUCAUUACCCAAGCGCUUGCUGUACAUUUCAGGUCUUAGGUUUUCUUGUUCUUACAUCCUAUAGAGUGAUAGAGGUAUACCGCGAGAUUAUGAUUGUAGAUUUUUGUUGUUUUUAUCUCAGUUAUUGUCCUAAAACCCAGCUGAUCUUCUAUUUCUGUUGAUACACAUUAAAGAGCCAUUGACUCUACCUAUAUACUCUAAUUAAAAGAACAUUUCAUU